UAUACCUGCCCCAAAAAGAUAAAUGGUUGAUGAUACCAGAGCAAGUUCCUGUCAAUGAGUAUAACGGGAAAGUUAACACAACACCAGGCGGGUUAUCCUGCUUGUCCUGGGCAAAUGAAGAAAUUUACCUUGACGACACCAUGUUCCCAGAAAGAUCAAAGGUUACCGCUAAAAACUAUUGCCGUGAUCCAACCGAUAACAGAUAUUUGUGGUGUUACACGGAAGAAAAGCCAGAAGAGAAAAAUGAGUGUGAUAUUAUAAUGCCGGCAAAGAAUAACACAGAUAACACAUUUGAUGGUUAUCUCAGGUACGUAGGAACGUUAAAUACAACGUUCUCAGGUAAAACGUGCCAAAAAUGGGCUUCUGGAUCUCCACACGCUCAGUUUGCACGUGGUUAUGUAUUUCCUGGAGAGAGUGUUGCUGGUGUGGACAAUUAUUGUCAGGAUCCGUGGGGCAGCGGUUACCUCUGGUGCUUUACCACGGAUCAGGGCACCAGAUGGGAGCCGUGUGUACUCAAAGAUACGAAGGAAGAUGGUUUGGGAAUUGUGUACCAAAAAUACAGCGGAUCAUUGAGCCAAACAUAUACUGGAAAGUCUUGUCACCAUUGGAACACAUAUUAUGCUGAUUACAAAGAAAGUCAUUACUCGAAUGGGUACUUGAGAGGCAAUAAUUGCCGUGACCCUCUAGAUCAGGGUUUCCUGUGGUGUUACACCUCUGGUCGAGAAUGGGAGCCGUGUGUUGCUGUUGAUGGUGUGUAUUAA